ACUCUUUCGAUGCAUCGGUUUGACACUUGUCACCGCUGUAUGUGUCUCUUAAAUUUUGUUCUGAUUAUUUUAAACAGGACGCCUGAUUAUUUCGAUAAACUUUUGUGCUACAAUAUUACCGUUAACUGUUCCAUUAAAAGAAGUUGUGCAUUGUGUGCGGUUAGCGAUUUGAUGGACAUCAAUACUGAUUGCAUUUCGUUUUUUGUUUUCCCUGCCUGAUUGUGUGAAGUUAUUUGCGUUCUACGAACCGGUACAAACAGCAAAAUUUAAAAUUGAAUUUCGAAUAAAGGCGUAAAAAUAUGCCGCCGCGUAAGAGAAAAGUCCCCGAAAAGGCGACGAGCGACGAUAAUGUUUUCGACAGUCCGUCGGAGUCACAGAAAAAUGACAAAGCUGAACGAAAGCGUAAGCUUCAGAAAAAGAAAUCAUCCACCGAAGGUGAAACGGUCACAUCACCUCAACCAACGGAAAAACAUGUUGUCGUAAAAAUAUUGGUCAAUGCACAGUCCAACGAAGCGUUCCACUCCAAGUACAUAAAAGAAUUGACGAAUCAGUACGCUAAGAUUGGACACGACGAAUUCUUGGCAAUGUUCAUCUCUUGUUUGAAACAAUUGAUUGAGAAAGAUGAAUCGGUUGCAAAGUAUGCGAACAUUGGUCUGCUAUUCAUGGCCAAAUUUGCAACGUCCUUGUCGGAUGAAGACUCAGAUGAUAUGCAUAAAUUUUUGGAAGCCGUUUUCGACUGGGUGCUUAAGACUGUCAGUUUGUCACACAAUAUUCGAGCAAGAUUGUGUGGAUUCGUCAAUUCGUUACUCGAUUCGCUUGGUUCGAAUGCAUCGCUGGAUGAUACACUUUUCGACAAUAUCCUGAAGUACAUGUUCGAUCGACUGAAGGACAUGUACCCAUCCGUUCGUGUUCAAGCAAUAAGAGCCCUGCAGCGGCUUCAAAUGCCCGACGAUCCAGACGAUCCGAUUGUAAAAAUCUACACUUUUCACCUUGCAUCGGAUCCAUCCGGUCCCGUACGACAGGCGGUUCUGACAUGUUUGGGACGUAACAUACACACCAUCCCAGUGAUUUUGGAACGUCUGUGGGACAUCGAUGAAAGAGUUCGACGGCAUGUUUACGUGCACAUGGCCAAUUAUCCCGUGAAAACAUACAAAGUGAUCCAUCGGUUGACGUUCCUCGAACAGGGGCUGAACGAUCGUUCAGAUUCGGUUCGAAAGGUUGUAACUUCGAUCAUGAUACCGCAGUGGCUGGAAUCGUACAAUAAGAACUAUCUUGCGUUCCUCAGCGGUUUGAAACUUGAUGCCAGUGAGGCUGAAAUUGAUCGCUUUCGAGCCAUUGCAAGACUGGCCCUGCCCGAAAUAUUCAGAACACAAAAUCCUGAGGAUCUAAUCGCCACUCUAUCUCUGGAUGUUGAAGAAAACAGCCCACAACUGAAGUGCAUUCCAUUCGAUAAGCUGACCAUUGAAUCGAGCAUGUUUUGGUGUUCGUUGAUCGUAUUCUUCCAACAGGACGAACGGAGAUCCGACUAUUUGGAAAGAGUCAUUCCCGAACUGUCCAUAUUCUGUAAAUAUGUUGAGAAAUACAAUGACACAAUCAUCGGCGAGGAUAAGGAACCCUGGGAGAUAAUGAUUGCGCAGAGCAUUCUGUUCAAUCUCAUCGAAAUAUUGAUCAGUUUCGACUACGGCGACGAAAUUGGACGACAGUGCUUGCGAACACUGGCCGUUCAUUUGCUGACCACGAAUCCAUGCAACGAACAGAUCAUCAAGUCGCUGAUCAACAUUUGCGAAAAACUGAUACCCAGCUCGGACGAUCGUUUGCAGGUGUAUGUGGAUGUGAUUCGCAGUUUGGUCGAUCAGGACCUGCUGGAAAAAUCGCUGAAUUUCAUGGAUCCCAAUGUGGUCGAAGCGAUGGAAAAAGAUCCGAAUUUGAAUUUGCAGGUGUCGGCAUUGAAGCUGAAACUGUUCGAGUUGAAGGAGGAGGAGAGCAAAUUUGUCAAGGUGAAGGAUUUCGCACGCGUAUCGUGCAUAGCUGAAGACAUUGCGCUGACUCAGGAUCGAUUGGUGGCUUUGAUACGACCGUUUAUGACGGGAGGCUCGACUUCACUGCAACAAAAACGUGUCACCAAGGAGCUCCAAAUCAAAGCAUUAAAAUUGGCAUUCCACGGAGUUUGUUCCAAAAAUGUGACAAAGUUGAAUCCUGCUAUGUGCCAGCUGUACACGGACUUCAUUCGUCUGAAAAUUGAGUCUAGUGACAUGGACGUGCGCAAUUGGGCAUUAAAGUGUGGAGCAACGUUCAGUCUGUUGUACGAACAGUUGGCUAAAGAUGUGUUCGUGGCUUUGAACAAACAGUUCUUCGACCAUCAUCACACCGACGUUUGGACGACAAGUGUUGGUGCGAUGUUUCAGCUGAUUGAUCGAUACGGAUUCUCCUAUUUCGAUGAAGAUCCGAACGGCGAAGCCGGAGAGAAGCAAAAGGAAAAGCCGAAGAAGAGUCGCCUGCUGUACAACACCACUGAAUAUGCCGAUGAUCCCGAAGACGACAGUACCAUUGAGAAAGAAAACGUUACCAUCAAAGGAUUGAUUUACCUGUUCGGUCAUUUCAUGGACACGUGCGACGACAUUCACUUGAUGAGUGCGCUGAUCGAUGGUUUCGGGCUGCUCAUUUUGCACGGACUGUAUGUCGACGAAAAAUUGGUGUCGCGACUCAUACUCCUCUACUUCAAUCCGACCACCGAAGCGGAAGUGAAUCAAAUUCUGAGCAUUUUCUUCGAAACGCUGAUCCAUCACAAAAAGCAAGAGUGCCUGGAAGCUGCGCUUAUUCAAACCCUGACGAAAAUCAUCGAAGCAUCCAACGAGAGUCCGUUACAUGAGGUUAAAAUCGAGACUGUGCUCCGAUUCAUAAUAAGCUCAACGUUGCCAGUUUACUGCAAAGCAGGUGCAAAAAUCCAUGACAACAUUGCCUUAUCACUGCUGAAAUGGAUGAAAACUAAUGCUGCAAAUCGGGACGUUUUGAAAAUUGCAUCGAAAGAAAUUCUUUCGCUCGACAUAUCCGAUGACAAUGCCGUUCGACAGACAUCACAGGAAUAUGUCGACGAUCUGUUGGAAAUGCCGAUGGAUUCGAAAACUGAAAAGAAUCUGAAGUCGUUCAACGAGCGGAUGAAAGGUAACUGUCCUGCCGAAAUACAAUUCUCAUCCGUUGCGCCAGCUACUGGUGUCGAUGGCGAAAUCGAACAGGACGAAAUGGAAAACGAGACCCAGUCAGAUAGCAGUUCGAUCAGAAACGACGAAGAUGUCGAUGGACAAUCGGAUGGAGCGACGAAUGAUGGUAAAACUGCAAUUGCAAAUGAAGUGGCAGAAGACGGUCAGAGUGAGUCGAAUGACAGUAGUGUCGAGGCGUCAGCACCCGUGGUUGAAAAGCCGAGUAAAGGGAAAAAACGCGUGUCAUCACCGGAAGAACCGACAACAGAAGAUACCACUCCACGAAGUGAACCGGCGAACAGUGUUGUAUCUCCACCAGCGGAACCGUAUAACACGACUAAUGAAGAGUCUACCGAUGACGAUACACGGCCUCAGCAAUUUGUAUUACAAGUGGACGUACACACUAUGCCAGUUCGUUCUGAAGAAGCAGUGAGCCCUUCCAAAAUGAGAAAGAGAGUACAGCACCUUCAGCAGCAACAAUCGAAUUCGCCAGAGAUACAGUCAGCACCUUUGGACGAGCCAAUACAGAAGAAGAAAAAGCGGAAAGUUCUCCCAUCCAGAUCUAAAGUGACCAUCGAGCCCAAAAAAACACUCAAGAGAAAAUCUGAUACUUUGAAGUCGAGUGAAGGUGACGACGACGUCGAGGUACAACCCACGAAAAAAUUGAAAACCGAUAAUGUUUCAGAAAGCAGCAAUAAAGUAGCGCAAAGAGCCACUAAAGGAAGGGUUGCAAAGACCACCGAAAUCGAGAAACCAAAGUCAGCGGAACGAUUGACCAGACAAAGGAGGAACAUGGAUGAUAAAAAUGCUGCGGAUAAAGAAACGACCAAACCAAAUCUACGAAAUGUUAAAGAUUCGAAAUCAUCUAAAGGGGGACCGAAGCAAACAGCAUCUAAUACUCCGACCAGUUCGAAAAAUCAAGUCAACAAAGACAAUCAAACGAAACGAGCGACUCCACAAAAGAAAACCGCACCGAAUGAGAAACCAAAGACUCCAGCAGCGAAACGAUCAGAUACUCAACCUGUGUCCGCAUCGAAAAGAUCCACAAGGCCAGUGACAGUGAACGUGAAAAAUAUUCCUGCAAAAAAGUCAACUCCGAACAAAUCAUCGACUGUUACACCGCAAACAACGCUCUCCGAUCAACGAUCCACACGACAACGAUUAAUCGCAUCCGAACCACCAGCGCAAAAACCGAAAUCCAAAACUGGAACGAAAAGUUCAGUCACAUCAAAAACCGAAAAAGAACGGCCACCGAAGCAGCGCUCAUCACUGUCCAAUCUGAACGAUGCGAAAAGUUUAGAUACACCGCAACACCGUACACGACGUGCGUUAGCUAAGGAAUUCUUGGUGAACAAUGUGAUCACACGUAAUCGUUCGUCCAUCGAUGGAGUGAAACUGUUAGAAAAUCUACAGCCGACGAGACGUAAAAGCGUUGGAAUCAGCCUGGUAGAAAAACCCUUAUCGACGAAAAGCGCUGGAUCAACAACGGCGGUACCGCUGCGUCGAGUUAGAACGUUAGAAAAGAAAUAAUUUUAAAUUUUUUUAAAGCUUUCUGUUAAGUUAAUUUUAACCGCACGUUUGCCAGUGUAACACUUUUAUUUAUAAUUUCAAUACAGAACGGAAAACAAAU